GAAACGCCGAACCUUCGCCGGGCGGCGGCGGCGAAAUGACCGUUCCGCCCCCCGCCUCCUCGCCCGCUGCUUUUCCACCGUCCCGACCACGAAUUCCUCGUCCCCUGUCCUUCUCCCCCCCUCCUGCACGCACGACCGACGACGUUAAUCCAUCCGAAAAGCCGCUGAUUUGCAGGCACCGGAGAGCCUGUAAAAGUGUGCCCGGGCGGGGCCCGCCUCGGGGAGGGGGGGAAUUACCGAAAUGGGCCCCGGUUCAUGCACCUUCCCCGACUUCUCUCCGUCCGUCCUAUUUUCGAGAAUUGAAUACGGGGGGGCGACCACCUCCCGUGAUUUAAAGCGCGGCCCGAUUCUGGAUUUUUUCAUUGGGAAUUUGGCAAGUUCGGGAAUUAAGUUUCCUUCGUGGGUUCUUGUCCGUUCUUGCUGAAAUCCCAAGGCGGGGGUGGGGCUUUGUCCUUUUCUGUAGUCGCCAUUGACGGCUGGAAGAGUAGCUUGCAGCCGCGGCGAGGGAAGUAGUUCGUCGUCGGCCUUUUUUCGCGUCGCGGGCGGCGUGGGUGCUCUUCAUUGUCGGCUCUGAUCGGAUCGUUGUCCCGGGAAGGCGAGGAGCGCGCCGCCGUUGCUUGUUUCAUGAGGUUUAGAUGCUGUGCAGACCUCUAUAAGAGUGCUACAGGCUAUUUGCAAGUUCACGUGUCUUGUGCUGUUUUUUGACAAAGGGAUUGUUCGGUAUGGAUACACCAAUUCGUCUGCCACAUGUGACAUAUUCUGCAUCUAUGGAGCUCAAAGCCGCUUUUGAUAUCGAGCAUAUGGGUUUGAGACCCGGGAUUCAGCAUGAGCUCUGGCCAUUGGAUGAAAUAGAUCCUACAAAGGACAAAUUUCCAUGCUGUUUAGUUUGGACACCACUACCGGUGGUCUCAUGGUUGGCUCCUUUCAUCGGACAUGUUGGGAUUUGUCGGGAAGACGGAGUUUUAUUAGACUUUUCUGGUUCCAAUUUAGUGAAUGUUGAUAGCUUUGCAUUUGGUGCAGUGGCCAGGUACAUCCAACUUGACAGAAAACAGUGUUGCUUUCCAGCGAAUCUAGCUGAACAUACGUGUAUGUACGGCUUCAAGCACAGAGAAUAUGGGGCUGCAAUUACUUGGGACGAUGCCUUGCGAUUGAGCACGCGCCACUUCGAGCACAAAACAUACAACCUCUUCACCUGCAACUGCCACUCAUUUGCAGCCAACUGUUUGAACCGUCUCUGUUAUGGCGGAUCGAUGGAAUGGAACAUGAUAAAUGUGGCAACUCUGGUGCUGUUUAAGGGCCAAUGGGUCAGUGUAAUGUCGAUCAUGAGAGCUUUCCUACCUUUCAUGUCGGUGCUUUGUUUGGGUUUAGUGCUGGUAGGGUGGCCAUUCAUAAUUGGCCUCUUCUCAUUCUCAAUGCUCCUUCUCGGGUGGUUUUUGUUGGGUAACUAUUGGUUCAAGGGUUUGAUAGACCUUUAGCAUCACCAAUAUUGACCUCGCCUUAUAGAGGGAAGAAAAGGUACAGAAGGUUCAGAGUGUAAGUUUCUCAUGUCCACAGUAAAGGAUCACGUGUUGAAUGUGUCUUCCUGGGUUUGUGUUGAUGGACGGCAGAUGACAAGGCCUUGUGAAGAACUGAAACUGCUAUAUACUUAGAUUUUUACGGCUGAAGCAA